UUCAACAGAACACUUGACGGCGGAUACAAGAGAAAAUUGACAAUGGCAAACAACAUGACAAGUGAUGGAGUCCAUUAUCUUUGUGACACUGACUUUCCCACUUUUACCGGGACACUCUUCAUCUUAAUCUUCAUCAUCAGCGUCAUAGGCAACAGUCUCCUCUUAUGUGUUCUUUUCAUCUACGAGGGCCUGAAAAGUAUCACAAAUAUUUUCAUCCUGAACCUGGCCUGCUCUGAUUUGAUCUUCACCAUCACACUUCCGUUCUGGGUUGUUGAUCACCUACACCACUGGGUCUUUGGGGACUUUGUCUGCAAAUUCAUGACUGCUGCAUUCUUUGUUGGUUUGUACAGCAGUGUCAUUCUGCUGACUGCCAUGACAGUUGCCCGUUUCAUUAGGGUGGUGCUGCCAAACUGGAAAAGCAACCGUGCUAGAAGAAAGAAGUGUGCAAUCGGUGCCUGUAUAGCUGCCUGGAUCAUCAGCAUCUCAGCAUCCCUGAGUGAUGCUAUGAAAGUAAAGGUUGAACACUGGUAUGGUAAAAACUAUUGCCACGAUGAAUCUGAAGACAAGCUUGGACAUUAUCUCCAAGUGUCACUGUUAUUCUUCCUCCCAUUUGCCAUCAUUAUUUUCUGCUAUUCUGCCAUCCUCAAGACAGUUUUGCAAGGUUUAAACAGAAAGAAGUCCAGGACUGUAGCUGUGCUCUUGUGUAUUGUUGCAGUCUUUUUCAUUUGCUGGGGGCCAUACCAUAUUAUGCUUUUAAUCAAGGCUCUCAAUACAAACAAAGAUUGUAAGGUACUGAAACGGUUAGCAGUUGCCUACCAUAUUUGUGAAAUGCUUGCCUAUUCUCACUGCUGUAUGAACCCACUGCUAUAUAUGAUCUCACAGAAGUUGCGAAAGCAUCUGUUGAAUCUUUUGAAAUGUAAAAGUUUGUGCAGUAAGAACAAGGAGGAAGACAGUGGCCAGAAAACUUCUGGUAUUCAGAAUGUAGCUUUCACAGUAGAGAACUAUUCUGUUAACACAGAACGACACAGUGAUCCAUUUAACAGUCCCUCUUGAAAUUAAAAAUUGUUUUGUAAAAGUAUUUACAGACUGAAUCAAAGGUUGUAUAUAAUUUGACAAGUUUUGCAUAUAGUGUUGACAUCAUAUACACAGAUUUUGUUUUAGCCUUUUUAAUGUGCAAGGUCAAAGAUGUGUGUAAAAUUGUGCAUUUCGCUGGCGUAGUUUUAUGAGUAUUUUUUGUAGAAAUGAAAAUUUUGCUGAAAUCCAGGGAAGCUUUUUUCACUUCUUCUUUUUUGUGGUAUGUACUGUAAGACGAAUUGUAAAAAAAAAAAAUGCAUUGACAGCAGUUUUCUGUGGUCACUGAUAGAGUCAAAGUCGUGUGUAGUGUAAGUUUAUUAAAAUAAUCACUGAGGGAAACCAUGAAGCAGAAGGCAAGUCACCUGGGCCGUUAAUCUUUCUUGUAAUAAAAUGUAAUGUCAUGUAAUAAAAAUGAGAAAAGUUUUGGAAUAAAUAGAGAGGAAAAUGUAUAUAAAUGUGUGAAUAUGGACAUUAA